AUCUCCCUGCCCACCACCGUGCGGCGAAUGCUGCCCUCCUAGACCCGCUCCCGACCCAAAAUUCUCCGUUCCACCCAUCUAGGAGCUGUAGGUGCUACUGUAGCUGCAGGCCUUAGCACCACCUCCGCCGCCGUGCUGCUCUACGCCUGCUGUUAAAUCCCUCUUCCUCCUCCACCCCCCUCCUAGCUUCGCCUGCGUCUGCGUGGUGUUGUUCGGAUGCGCGCCGGCGCGUGUGUUGUUUUUCCGAGGACCGACCGUUCGUGGGCAGCGCGGGGAGCAUUGCAGUGAGAUGAGAUGCUAGUGGUUCGCUGCUCCCAGAGGUGCAGGUGUAAAUGCAAUCAAAAUAUCCGGCAUGUGCCCUCUGUCUGAGCUGGUGUGGUCUCCGGAUGAUGGUCUGAGCAUUAAAAUUGCAGCGUCCAGCCUAAGCACAAGAAAAGCUUCUCUUCGCUGGAAUGCAGAUACUUUGAACAUAGUGAUAUCUUCGCCUCAGCAAAGUAGCGGUCGCGGGAAGAGUGGUGAUAACAUAGAUGCCACCAUAGCAGAUGCAGGAGAAAUGCCAUCACAGCCACGGACUCGUUGUGACAGUUCAGUGAGACUAUCCAUGGCUAGUCCAAAUAGAAUACGAAACCUUGAUGCGCAACAAUCUACUUCUGUAAGAUCACAGGAACAAGAUUCAAAAUGCUGUGGAGGGAUCAGUGUGAUGAACAAAGGGAAAGAAGUGUCUCAAAGCUGCUUUGUAUAUAAUGCAGAUAAAGGGGAAGUGGGUAGUUGUCCCACAAGAUGCUGCAAGGAUGUUUCUGACGGUUCGGCUUCCAGAAAAGGUGUUAUACCUAGUAUUUCAGAAAAACAGGUGUACUGUGCAACAACUGUCCAUAAUGAAAGACCUUGGGCAGAUAAUGCCUGGCGAGCUCGAUUAGUAAAGGCAAUUAGUCAGAAGGACUAUGUUUUGCCAAACAAUGCAAUGAAUGCACAGUCAGCUUCAUCCUUUGAGAAAUUUGGUAAUGCAGAAAAGGUCGCUGGCAAGUUGGCAGGUUUUCUAGGUAAAGAAAAUGAUAAUCACCAAGAUCAGGUUAUGCAGGAAAACCAUCAUGGUAAUCACCAGGAUCGGAUUGUGCAGGAAAACCAUAAUGAUAGUCACCAAUAUCAUGUUAUGCAGGAAAACCAUAUGGAUGAGCCUGUUCUUGGCCGAUGUGGGUCAGCAUCUGGUGGUAAUCCUGUUUCCAGAUGUGAGUCAGCAUCCGGUGUUAAUUCUGCUGCAAGAUAUGAGUCAUCAUCUGGUGUUAAUCCUACAAAGCUCGAGAAGGGCAAAGAAAAGGUUAUGCAUGAUCAGAGCAACUGUGUCAGCAACAUCAAAGAGGGCGAUGAUAGCAAUGAGAGUAUGGAGAGCUGCCAAAGUAUGAAAGCUCAAAAGCGAGAGCAUGCACAAUGCUCGAUUGCCGAGAUGUCUUCCCGAACUAAAAGAUGUAGAAGGGAAUUCAAUGAGAGCUCUUGCUCAGGAUUUUUGCAAAGAAAUGGUAGCUCUUUCUUUAACUGGGUGUCAUCUCUCACUAAUGGGUUAACUGUAUUUGAUAAAAGUACCACUGAUGUUUCACUUGAUCAGAAGUUUUCAGUGUCUACAGUUCAUGAAUUUGCAGAACAGUCUGGGCCACUUCAAAACAACAGCAGCGUUCCUGUGCAGUCUGUUGGCUUCAAUUCUCUUUUUCAAUCUCUUUAUCGUCAUAAUGUCAUGAUAACUUCAACAGAUACUUGUCACCAAUCGGAAAAAAAAUGCACUGAGCAUGAAGCUGACAGAGUAGCACUUGCUUUAAAUGACAGCAAUUCUAUGCUUGGCAAACAAAUCGGCACGAGCAGAAAAACUCUUGACGUGCCUACUGAGACCUUAGCUGCUGACAGCCUUCUAAUGGACUUUGGUGGUGGUAGAGGGAAUUUUCAAAAUCAAAUUGGAGUUUUCCCUUUGAGAGCCGGAAGGAACUUGAUGAUGCCCAACUCUAGUAAAUCAUGUUCUAGAUCUCUUGAAGAAAAACAAAAUGAGGCCCAUGCCGGUUCUUUGAAAGCUUCAGUGGGAAAUAAAGGUGGUUUCAGAGAAAGCUUGUGGGUAAGUCGUCUUUUGCCAAAAACAUCAAUGAAGUUGACAGAUGCAACACCGUGCAACAUAAAAAGUGAUUUUUGUGCUGUCAAUCCAAAAGGUGCAGCUGAUAAGUUGUAUUGUUCAUCGCAGCAGAAUUUUAGCGUGGAGAAGGAAUUCAAUAAUUCACAAUACUAUACUAGCACAGGAAGUGACAAUGGGACAACCAGUAGCAAAUGUCCAGCAAUUCCUCCAGAGGAAAAUAAGCAGUCAGAAACAAUGGCUUCCAUUCUUGCGAAGAGAUUGGAUGCACUUAGACAUGCAAAGACCUCAGCAGUAAGGUUGGGUAACUCAUGUGAUCAAACAAUAUCUAAAGAGUGUAAUCAUGGAAAGAGUCCUUUUGUUGUUAGUUACAGUGGUCAUGAUGUACAAGAGGCGAGGCAUGAAACCCAAAAAUCGUCGAGUGGAGAUGGAAAGCUAGUUUUGUGGUUAGGUGACAAAGGUAAAGGACAAUUAUGUACUGGCAGUGACGAGGAAGUAAGAGUAAAAUUCUUGUCUGGAGGUGAUCGUCAGCAUUGUGGAGGGAGUAUGGCUGGAAAGGCUGCAGCUCCUCAUGACAAUUUAGAGGCCAACACAUCUGCUGAAUAUGUUCAGAGAAGAGGAGUAAAAAUUAAGGAGGUGCUGUCAAAUUCCAUGGAGAGUCUGCCAGAUAACAAGCAAAUUGUUCCUUAUGGUAUUAUGUCCAGCGAUGAAUAUGAUCGAUCAAGUGCUGUUUUUGGAGCCUUGGAGAGGCUUCGUUUGUCUCGCUCGGAUAUCAUAAGAUGGUUGACGUCACCAGUCAGGCACACUACUUUAGAUGGCUUUUUCUUGCGUCUACGAUUUGGUAAAUGGGAGGAAGCAUUGGGUGGCACCGGAUACCAUGUCGCCAGGAUAAAUGGAGCACUGGAUAGGAAUCGCCUCUCUGUAACAAUCAGGAAUUCAACUUGCCAAGUAGAUUCUCGCUUUGUAUCCAACCAUGAAUUCCAUGAGGAUGAGUUGAAGGCAUGGUGGUCUGCUGCCAUGAAGGGUGGCUGGAAGCUACCAUCGAACGAAGAACUUAGCAAGAAGCUAAGAGAAAGAGAGCUACUUCAUCCUCAAAAUAGAACGGGUCAGCACAACGACACCUGAUGGCAGUAAUCUGGAUGUGGUUUCUGUGUUCUAUUUUCACCGUCCUUGGUGUAGUGAUAGAUUCACCAUCCUUGGUAUAUUGACAGAAUGAGGUUGUAAACCUGUAAUAAUACAUGGUUUUAUUACGAUGGGAUCGACUAUUGUAUGAAAAUCCUAUAGGUGAACAGGAAGCUACUAACAGAAUGGUACAAAAAACUGUUAACUAUACUUCCCUAAAAUAAGAUGUAUGUUAAGUACUCCCUCGGUUU